AUGGAUAAGCGCAAUUUGGAAAAUACUCCCCGGGCGGGUACCAGCAAUGGAGAAUCCCGUGCACCCUCGAAAGAGGGUGUCUGCCGCGUGUAUACGGGGGCGGCACAAAGUGCGUCGAGUGAGGCGGAGGCUGCCAAGGCGGCGAGACAGAAGGCCAUUUUGGCGGCGCUAGGAGGAGGAGGUGACAGCGCGAAGAAACGCGACAGCCCGAAGCCGGCGCCCAUUACCGCGCCGGCAGCGGAGCUUUUAACGGAUGAGGACGUUGACUUCAGCCAGCCGCAGCCCAACGGCGUUGAGCGGAUGCUGAAGUUAAUGCAGAAGAGGAAACUGAGAGGCGACAAGGAUCUGCCGCGUGUUCUUUUGACACGCGACGUGAAAAUGCCGCCUCCAAGUACUGGAAAGGACUCUCUGACUGGUAGAGACUCCCCUCGUGGUCGAGUCUCCCAACAUGGAUUUGACUCCCUCGGUCGUGACAGCGAGGACUGGCUCUCGGACUCCAGCGAAAUGUCCAGCAUGUCGCUGGACUCCGAGGGACUGCCCGCACUUACCCCGGAUAGGACUCACCGUAAGAGACGGAACACGGAGGAAGACAUGGCGCCGACCCUCAGUAAAGGGGUGGUGCCCAAAUCUAAGAAAGGACGCGGCCGCCCGCCAACAACCGGACAAUAUGUCGGUUUGGCGAAGGCGCAGGCCGACUUGAACCGAGAGAAGGAGGAGGCCCUUCGACUUCAGGCUGAAGAAGAGGUGGCCGAGGCGGCCAGGGCCGCUCGAGAGACGCGGUCUUCGCUCCUCGCGAGCCCUGCGCCCAUAGACAGUGACAGGCCGGAGCAGACCAUCAACGCUCUGGCUAAAUGCGUGGAGACUUCGUUGACGACGAUCACCAUGGUCGCAACGAAGUCCAACAAUUUGAAGGGGACAUUUCAGCGCCUUCUUAAGGAGGCGGUCAGCGAUAUACGCGCGACCGUCGCCGAAAUGAAGAACCGCGGAACGACAGACGAAGUAAGAGCCCUCGAAGCUCAGAAUGCGCGACUCCAACAGGAGGUGGAGUCUAUGCGCAGAGAAGUAGAGGGCCUACGUCAGCAGAUGACAAAGCCGGCCGAGCAGGACAUGCGCCAGCUGUUGUCUGAGGUCUCUCGCUCUAACGUAGAGACCUUCAGCAACAUGCUGAACGCUCGGCUGGCCGGUCUGGAAAGCCGGCUCUUACCGGAGCCACGGCUCCGACCUCCGCUCGCGGCGGACAGAGUAGGGAGUGUUACUCCAGCCGCUGUCGUGAGUGUAGAGGCAAUACCGGAGGAGGUAAUACCGGAGCAGACGCCGGGGACCCCGAAGCCAAAAGCCAAGGGGAAACCGGCCCAAAAGAAGACGCGGCAGCCUGUCGCCACAGAGGCCCCACAAGAGGCCCCGGCCGCGCCCGAGGCGCCCAAGGCCAAAAAGGGCCGAAAGAAGAAAAAGCGGCCGUCAAUGGCUGCUCAGGAGGCGACACAAGGGGGAGCGAACACCAGCGCCCCUCGUACUGAGGCCCCAUGGACCACGGCCGCUGGCAAGGCCGAAAGGGGGCACGAGCUGGGCAGAUGUCCAUCUGCUAAAAAGCCGGCCCCCGGAGAAGACAAGGCGCCGACCAAAAAGGCCCGACAGAAGUCGAGGCCAAGGGGCGCGCGGGCUCCGCCCGUUUCCGCCCGAAUGGAGACGGAUGCCUAA